AUGCUUUAUGUGUCCGAUCCAAAGGCGUUGCAUAGUAUCAUUGUAAAGGAUCAAUAUGUCUAUGAAGAGACGCCUACAUUCCUGCGCCUCAAUCGAAUUGUCUUCGGCACAAGUUUAAUAUCGACAUUGGGCGAAGCUCAUCGCACACAGAGAAAGAUGCUGAACCCAGUCUUUUCCAUCGCGCACAUGCGCUACAUGCUGCCGAUCUUCUAUAACGUGGCUAACAAGCUCGGCAGCGCGGUGGGUGCCCGUGUGGCGGACGGGCCGCAAGAGCUCGACAUGUUGGGAUGGAUGGGACGCACCGCACUUGAAUUGAUCGGACAGGGUGGCCUUGGCUAUUCCUUUGAUCCUCUUGUAAGGGAUAAAGCCGAUGCGUUCGGCGAUGCACUGAAGAUGCUCCUGCCCACUCUGACCGAGUUAGGUGUCCUCCGUUUCGCCAUCCCCUUCGUCGUACAGAUCGGUACGCCCGCGUUUCGCAGACGCCUGGUGGAGAUACUCCCAAGCAGGCGGGUGCGCAAGCUAAGGGAUGUUGUCGAUACAAUGGAUCAGCGGUCGCGGGAUAUCUUCGACGCGAGAAAGGCUGCUCUGAAGGAGGGUGACGAGGCCGUCUUGCGUCAGGUGGGCCAAGGCAAGGACAUCAUGAGUAUCCUUAUCAAAGCGAACAUGGAGACUACAUUGGAAGAGGACAGACUACCAGAAGAAGAGUUGGUGGCUCAGAUGUCGACAUUUAUCUUCGCUGCUUCUGACACCACCUCCAACACCCUGGCUCGAAUCUUACACCUCCUCGCUCAGCAUCAGGACAUUCAAGACAAGCUGCGCCAAGAGCUCUUGACGGCGUGCCAGAGUGAUGCCCCACUUUCCUACGAUCGGCUGAUGCAGCUGUCGUAUCUGGAUGCAGUGUGUCGAGAGACGUUGCGAGUACAUCCGCCAGCAACAAUGCUGGAUCGCCAAGCACGGAAAGACAUGAUGCUACCACUGUCCGAGCCGAUCCGGGGUAUUAACGGCCAGAUGAUGAGCGAGAUACCGGUUCCCGAGGGCACUAAGGUGUUUGUGGGUGUUGUGGGAUCCAACCUCAAUAAGGCGCUCUGGGGAGAGGACGCCCUGGAGUGGAAGCCUGAGCGGUGGCUCUCGCCUCUUCCCAACGCUGUGACUGAAGCGCGCAUUCCUGGCGUCUUCUCGAAUCUCAUGACGUUUUUGGGCGGCAGCAGAGCCUGCCUUGGCUUCAAGUUCUCCGAAAUGGAGAUGAGUGAGUACUGUAUGCCGCUCUCCCGUGUAGGGAAGAUUGACGAGUUCCCGCCUGGAGAGGUCGUUUUGGCGGUCCUAGUGCCGAAAUUCACGUUUGAGCUGACUGCGAAGCCGAUUGUUUGGAACAUGGCUCCAGUGCGGUAUCCCACUGUCGGCAAGGAGAGUGUCAAGGCGGAGAUGCCACUCAAGGUCGGGUUGUUCAAGAAGUUCGAUGUUUGA